CAUUGUACAAGUCUGAACACAAAGCUGAGAAACUCAGGCAGUCUUUUCUCACUGGUUAGAGUAAGGCCUGAGCCUCCAGUCAGGCUCUCACUGCAUUAGGUCCCAGGUAGAGCUGAAUGCUCGGUGCUGAUUUGGCCAGUGGGUCCAGGGACUGUUGGUUGGAGUGUAGUUCUGCCAAGAGGUGUUUUGUUAGUACUUGUGUGUAGCAGGGAAGGGAUUGUGCAUCAGACUUGCCUUCUCAGAACUAUUGCAGGUUACAGGUUAGUUUAGCAUUGUUACUUCAUGCCUGCUCAUCUGGUGUAAAUGACAGAAGUCAGCAUUAGCAGUCAGUUUGGGGACAGGGACAAGUUAUGCAUGUGUAAGUAAUGUCUUAAGCCAAACCACAGAGCAGAAAAUUGGAACAGAAUUACAUAAAGCAAGAUCGGAAAUUUACUGUCCAGCCCCCAGGGUGGAGUUUAGGCCGUUCCUCUCCAUCAUCCUGAAUAUAAGGCUGCCUUGAUGUCAGAAAUGGAAAACAACUGCUGUUAGGACUGAUGUAGCUUGGCAUCCACCAUGAACCUCAAGGUGCUGCUGCUGUGUGUGGUGCUAUCUCUGGUUACUGUCUUUGCUCUGGCCUAUGCCUUGCUGGCCAGGCAAGGCAGUUCCAGCCAGCCUCCUCGAUGCUCCUCUGUACCUCCCAGAAUUCAUCCCUGGACACACCCUGGCCAGAGCCAGCUGUUUGCAGACCUGAACCCCGAGGAGCUGGCAGCUGUGAUGAGCUUUCUGACCAAGCACCUGGGGCCAGGGCUGGUGGAUGCAGCUCAGGCUCGACCCUCGGACAACUGUGUCUUCUCAGUGGAGCUGCAGCUACCUGCCAAGGCUGCAGCCCUGGCCCACCUGGACAGAGGGGGCCCCCCACCGGCCCGGGAGGCCCUGGCCAUCAUCUUCUUUGGUGCACAACCCCAGCCCAAUGUGAGUGAGCUGGUGGUGGGUCCCCUGCCUCACCCCUCCUACAUGCGGGAUGUGACUGUGGAGCGUCACGGUGGUCCCCUGCCUUAUUAUCGGCGUCCUGUGCUGGGAGCUGAGUUUGUUCAGAUAUGGAGGUACUUGAAAGAGGUGGAGCUACCUAAGGCACCCACCUUUCUGGCUUCUGUCGUGAACUACAAUGGCUCCACCUUGACACCUGUGCAUGCUACUGCUAGUGGCUUCCAUCCCGGGGAUCGGUCUACUUGGAUAGCCCUCUACCAUAACAUCUCAGGUCUCGGGAUAUUCCUUCACCCUGUGGGGCUGGAGCUACUGCUGGACCACAGAGCCUUGGACCCUGCCCACUGGGUGGUCCAGCAGGUUUUCUACCUUGGGCACUACUAUGCAGACUUGGCCCAGUUAGAAUGGGAGUUUAAGGCUGGCCACCUAGAAGUGGUUCAGGUUCCUCUACCCAAACCAGGUGAGGCUUCCUCCCUGAGGUCUCGAGUGACUCCUGACCCUCUGCCCCCUCUUCAGUUCUCACCCCAGGGUCCCCAGUACAACGUACAGGGAAACUCAGUGGUAUCUCCCCUCUGGGCGUUUACCUUUGGCCAUGGGGUGUUCAGCGGCUUAAGAAUUUUUGAUAUUCGGUUCAAGGGUGAGCGUGUGGCUUAUGAAGUUAGUGUCCAGGAGUGCCUGACAGUUUAUGGUGCUGAUUCCCCCAAGACAAUGAUGACCCGAUACUUGGACAGCAACUAUGGGCUUGGCAAAAACAGCAGAGCCCUCGUCCGCGGGGUGGACUGCCCCUAUCAAGCCACAAUGGUGGACAUCCAUGUACUCGUGGGCACAGGUUCAGUCCAGCUGCUCCCGGGGGCUGUGUGCAUAUUUGAGGAAGCCCAGGGGCUCCCCCUUCGGAGGCACCACAAUUACGUCGGUGAUCAUUUUUAUGGUGGUUUGGCCAGCUCAGGCCUUGUGGUCAGGUCAGUGUCGUCAGUGGGCAACUACGAUUACAUUUGGGACUUUGUGUUGUACCCAAAUGGGGCCCUUGAAGGACGCGUCCAUGCCACAGGCUAUAUCAACACAGCUUUCCUGAGUGGAGGAGCUGAGGGUCUCCUCUUUGGGAACCGUGUGGGAGAAAGAGUGCUGGGAGCAUUGCACACACACGCUUUCCACUUCAAAGUGGACCUGGAUGUGGCAGGUGUGAAAAACUGGGUGGUAGCUGAAGAUACGGUGUUUAAGCCUGUAACAGCCCCGUGGAACCCUGAGUAUCAGCUACAGCGCCCCCAGCUGACCAGGCAGGUCCUGAGCAGGGAGGACCUGGCUGCAUUUCCCUGGGGGAGCCCCCUUCCUCGAUACCUUUACCUGGCUACCAAUCAGACCAAUGCCUGGGGUCACCAGCGUGGAUACCGAAUCCAGAUCCAUAGUCCUUUUGGUGUUCAUGUACCUGUGGAGAGCGACGUGGAGAGGGCUCUCAGCUGGGGGAGAUACCAGCUUGUGGUGACCCAGAGGAAGGAGGAGGAGCCCCACAGCAGCAGCAUCUAUUACCAGAAUGACAUGCGGACCCCAACUAUGGCCUUUGCUGACUUCAUCAACAAUGAAACCCUCUUAGGAGAGGAUCUGGUGGCUUGGGUGACAGCCAGUUUCCUGCACAUCCCUCAUGCUGAGGACAUCCCCAACACAGUGACUGUGGGGAAUAGAGUGGGCUUCUUGCUCCGCCCCUACAAUUUCUUCGAUGAAGAUCCCUCUAUCUUCUCUCCUGGCAGCAUCUACUUUGAGAGGGACCAGGAUGCCGGGCUCUGCAGUGUCAACCCUGUGGCCUGCACCCCACAGCUGGCAGCCUGUGUCCCCAACUUGCCCUCCUUUUCCUAUGAAGGUUUAUAGGCCUGAGGAUGUGGUGACACCCCAGGGGUGGAGGACAAGAUGCACACACCUCCUCUGUUCUGUCCCCUGUGGUUUUAGCACCUGGGCCCCAGGUUCCCACUCUCUGGUCCUUAGAAAGCGUCCUGGGUGUCCAUCUCCUUGUGGGUGGAUUCUUGCUUCCUGUUGCUUUUUGUUUUGUGCUGUGUUGCUUGUGUGUAUGUGUUUGUAUUUGAGACAGGGUCUUUCUAUGUAGACCUGGAUGUCCUGGAACUUGGUGUGUAGACAAGGCUGGCUUCUACUCACAGAGAUCUGCCUCCAGACUGCUGGGAUUAAAGACGUGCACUGCUAACCCUGACUCCUCCUGCUAGUUAUUGGAAUGGUA